CUUGACGGUAGUCGACGAUGAGUAUGUAUCCGAACUGGACCGGCGACGAUUCCUACUGGGGUGGUCAGGCGGCCCCUCAGGGUCUGGCUGGCCCUAUGCCACAAGCGCAAGCCCUCAAACAACCCUAUGAUCCUCUGCUCUAUAAUCAAAGCUAUAUGAAUAACAUGAAAAAUAUGCUCGCCGCUCAAUGGGUUGAAAACUCUAAUCCAUUUUCCGGCUACAAUGCUCUUCAAGCCAGUUCAGCAGCUUUUCCCGAACGAUCCGUUCAUCUUGCCCAGCCCGUAUUUCCAUGGAUGAAAAUGAGCGGAUCAAAAUCAGGAGAAUCGAAGCGCACACGACAAACAUACUCACGGAAUCAGACGCUUGAGCUGGAAAAAGAAUUUCACUAUAACAAAUAUUUAACUCGAAAACGAAGACAGGAAAUAUCGGAAAGCCUGCAGCUGACCGAGAGACAGGUGAAGAUAUGGUUUCAAAACAGAAGGAUGAAGCACAAGAAGGAGAGCAAAGGCGAAGGUACGGGCGAACACGAGAGCGAUGAGUCGACGCAGGACGACCAGCAGAACUCCUAAACGCCCGGUGCUCGACGCGCGACCCCCCAGUCCCCGAAUUCGCAUUCAUCGCUUUGUCUUCUUCCAGUUGCCAUACCCCCACCAUAAUCCCCGUCGUCAUCACAAAGAUGUAUGCAAAUGCACAUACCACACAUAUUAUCCGUUGUUCCUGAUCAUGUUUUUCGUCGUACUUGCGCGCGGCUCUGGAACGUCCUGUAAUUUAUCUCGAACGCACGGGUUUCUACACGCUAGAGCUCUUCUCUUUCUUCUCUCUCUCUCGCACAAAUGUGAGUUUAACGCCCUGUUCCGAUCUCUUCUAGUUUCUCGCGGGCUCCCCGCCGUCCUUCUGCUAGCGGUGAGUUCUGCGAUAUUGCGUCCCAGUGUAUUGUGUUGUUUAUACAUGGUUUAAAUGAAGUAUAUUGUAUGUAAGACAGCUGCUAUUUUCCUGUGCAAAAGCGUUCAUAUCGCUAAGUGAAUUC